CAACGAGAACAUCCGCAACUGUUGUAUGGUACCAAUGUGUCUCUGCUCUGAAAAAACAAGGGUGCAUAGCGCUGAAUAGUAGUGACAUAUGUGACUAAAGUUUAAUUAAACAACGUAACACUUUACCUUGAUGCUCUAAUUUCUUUCCCUCGACAGUGUCUGUGUCUACUUUCAAUCAUGGCAGCCAGUGCACUUACAGAAAAAAUUAAUAAAAUUCGGCAACUGAAUGAAGAAAUUAAAAGAAGACACGAGGAAGUAGAAGAAGAUAAAAAAAAUGCAGCAAAACAAAAUGCUUUAGUACAAAUGGUACCGUCAACAGAUUGGCCAGAAAGGAAAGAACCACCAGAAUUUACAAUUUCACCAAAAACCAAACAGAAAUCAACCAAAGAAAGACACGAAUACAUACCACAGUCUCAUUCUGGUGAAGGAAGGAAAAUACAUUCUUUUGCUCAAGGUGAAGGACCACCACCAGAUCCUAAAUACAACUUUUUAGCAGAUUCUGAGCGAGAAGAACCUAUGGAAUAUGCAAAAGAAACUGUUGGAAGUAGAUCAACUAAUAAAGGAUCAAGAGGCAGUUUCAGGAAAAAAAUUGGUGGAAGAGAGAAUGUGGAGAAAGAUAAUAAAAUAAAUAAAGGAAACUAUAAAGAUGAAUCUCAGUCAGGAUAUGAUGCUUGGAGAGCAGAAAGGAAUCGAAUUGACGAAGAUCGUAUAAGUAGACAAAGAACUGCAGAAGGCAACUGGCUCAGAGAAUGGGAUAAUGAUAAAUUCAUAUCGCAUAGUAGAAAUGACGAGUUUGAGAGAGAUCCGAAUAGAGAGCAUGCACCUACGCAAUACUAUUCAGACAGACUGGAGAAUACAACAUUCCCUACAUUCUCUCGUAUCAAGAAAAAAUAUAAAGAUUCUGGCAGGAGAUAUGACAAUAAUAAUGAACACGUCAAUUACAAUCAAAGCGGAAACCCUCGUCCUUACCGCGGUUCGGCUAAAAAUGUUCAUGGUAAUCGUGACAAUCGGGCUCAUCCCACCUAUAAUCAACACAGAAACAAUGUAUCUGCAUCAGCAAAAGUUGCUGAAUCUCUAACUUCUGAAGAAAGAACUGUUAUUGCAACUGAUAAGAGUAUUAAGGUUACAGUAAAUCAAAGCAGUGCAGCAAAAGGACCAGUUAUGAGUAUUAAAGUGAAUUCUCCAAGCAUAGCUGGAACAGGCAGGGUUGGACCACGUCAAAGAACCCGUGUUACAUACAGUCAUUCGGACAUUGAUACACCUAUGACUGAAAAUGAAUCCUUCUUCCGGCAAAAAUCGUUCGAAGACAAAUCGAAAGGGACUUUCUUUAAUAAUAAUCAAAAGUUUUCUAACAUAAAUAGGUCUCAUUCGCAAAGAAAGAGCGAUUCAAGACCUCUGCACUAUCAAAGAAAGGAGGGAAGAAAAGAAGACAAUGAUACCAAUUUCCAUAAAUAUCACGAAGCUGAAUUUAGAUCUUAUUCGCAAAAGGAUCAGCAGAAAUCAUAUGUUGCUAAAUCACCAAAACCUAUGAGAGGAAAUACAAAAAUAAUAAAAUCCGAGUCUUCAAACGUGAAUGUUUCGCAAAAAUCAGUAGCGCAGGAAAGUUUAACUACUGAUGAGACAAAUGUUGAACACGAUGUUGAACAUGAUGUUGAACAUGAUGUUCAAACAGAAAACUCUGAAUCGGUACAGUUAACUGAAGCUGAUCACACAAAAAUAUCUACUGCAGAGACUAGUGAAAUAAAUAUUGAAAACAAAACUAUAAAUGACAUAAUAUUGAAAAAAGAAUCAGAAGAAACUUCUCUGCAUGAACAUGUUGAUAAAGAUAGUAUAAAACUAAUUGAGUCUGAUAAUGAAAACAAGGAUUUAGAAGAAGUUGCAAAUACUUCAACAAAAGAUUUACCAGAAAAUAAGGAUAGUAAUGUGAACAAAACUGAUUUUAAUAAUGAAAAGAAGAGUUCAGAAGAAGUUACGAAUCAUUUAACAGAAGAUGUACAAGAAAAUAACGAUAGCAGGAGUAUCAACAAAAAUGGUUCUGAUAAUGAAAGGAUGAAUUCAGAAAAAAUUGCAAAUAAUUUACCAGAAAAUAAUGAUACAUCUUCCGAAACAAAUAAUGCUCAGUUUAAAGAGGUACUUGGUUUAAAUGAAAAUAAUGAAGUCUCCAACGAUACCGUUAAAUCACAAGAAGUUUUUUCACCUAAAGAUGAUCAGCAAUCAUUGGAACAAGUUGUCAAACAAUUUGUACAUGCCGAUUGCAAGGAUACUGAAAACCAAGUUACUACACAGCAAACUGUGGAAGUAGCAACAGAUAAUUCUGUAUCUCUAUUGGAAACUAACACUCAAUCUGUGAUAGAAGUUAAUGAUCAAUUAGCAUGCAACAAUGAAGUAGUACAGCAUCAAGAAGAAAAAACAAAUGAAAAUAAUGAAUCGUCCGAUCAAAUUUUGAAGGAUGUAAAUUGCAGUGAGACAAAUCCAGAGGAUACUAUUAGUAAUAUGAAUAUCAGUAUAAAUUCAACAGAGGAAGAAAAGGAAAAAAGUGAAGAAAUAAUUAAUGGGAAAGUAGAAGAUGCGGGGGAAUUAUAAAAUGUCACUAUAAAAAUAGUGUCGAUUCUUGAUAAUAUAUUUAACGAAUGUUAUUCUUUUUAACAUUAGAAAUAUAUUUCUAAUGCUAACUUCUUUUUAUUAUUUCAGUAUAUCAUUAAUUUAAUGAAGAUACUGAAAAUCAGAGAUGUUGUUUUAAUUAUUCUAUACAAGAUUGUUAUUUUUGACUUUAUCAUGAUUUUAACGUAGUUUUUGAAAAACAUAGAUGAAUAUAUUUAAUUCGUUUACGUUAUCGAGAAUCAGAUAUAUUAUCUUAAACUUCAACAGAUAUUUCUAAAGCAAUACGCUUUAAAAUAAUUAACUAAGUUAAGAUACUAACUGCGCACAAUCGUUGAUGUUAUUUGAUGAAUCCUUUGUGGUUUUAAUUUUAUCAUGUUAUAAACCAACGUUGCUUUAA